CUGGGCAUCUUGUUUUCUCAACAUUCCCCGAGCAACCGUCUCUUUUUAAUCCCUCCCACUAUUCCUUAACCAACCUUUUCAUAGCCAAGCAGAUUUUGAUUUCUGAAUGCCAUCAUAUUCCCAUUCUUUCUCACUUCUCUCAGAUAAGAGUUGAUCUUGAUGGGAUCAGAAAGCGCAGCGGUAGGGGAAGAGGAAAAGAAUUGUGUUAUUGAGGAUGAAAAAAAUCUGGGUGCGGAGAAAGAAGUUAUUUCUAUGGGUGAAAAACCUAAUGAAGAAAAUGGAGUUCAUGGGGAUGAUGUUAUGGUUGGUGUAAAACCCAAGUUGUUAUCUGCAGUAAAAAAUGAAACAUCUGGGAAAGUCUUGAGAAGUAAAGAAUCAUCUCAACAGGCUAAGGAAAGUUCAAGAGGCUCGGCUGCAUUGGCGCGUGCGAAAAGGGCAAGCAUAUCUCAGAGUCUCUCAUUCCCUCCUAAAUGUGUUUCUAAAGAUUUGAUGAGGAAAAGCAUUGAUGUGUAUCCUAAGAAAGUGAAUCCCAAGGCCUCAUUUCCAAACGGCGCCUCAAAACCGGUUUCCUGUUCAAACCCAAACGGAAAGCGUGCCUCGGGUGUGUUGAAGAGUGCUAACAUCAAUGCAACUGGCAAAAGAACAACUUUGCCAGCUGCACCAAGUCUUCACCAAUCUAAGUCCGGGAACGCUAUUUCUGCAAAUGGAAGAGAGAAAAGCAAGAGAAUUGAAGGACCAACUGAUGAAAAUAAGCAACAUAUUAAAUCCAUCUUGCCUCUCAAGGAGAACGAGGAUGUGCGGUCGACUGCUUCAUCGAACACAACCCCUCAUGGGAAACAACAUAGGACCAGUGUUGGAGGGUUUUCGUCGAGGUUGGAAGAACGUGCUGAAAAACGAAAAGAGUUCUUUUCGAAGCUUGAACAGAAGAUACAGGCGCGUGAAACGGAGAGGACUAACUUGCAGGCGAAAUCAAAGGAAAACCAAGAAGCCGAGAUAAAGAAAUUUAGGAAGAGCUUAACUUUUAAAGCCACGCCUAUGCCGAGCUUCUAUAAGGAACCUGCUCCAAAAUCAGAACUGAAGAAGAUACCAACGACACGACCGAAAUCACCAAAGUUCGGCAGACACAAAAGCUCUGCGUCAUCAACGAAAAAUAGCUCUGAAAAUGGAGGAUCAAAUCUGAGCCCUUCAAUGGUUGCCAAAGAACCCGAAAAAUCGCCAAAUGCGGAUAAAAGCACUGCCAUUUCUAAGAAACCAACAAGAAAUGUGCACUCCAAGGCUCUUUCUGGUCAUCUUCCAGUCACUAAGACUAUAUCUAAACAGGCCAAAAUGAAGAGCCCUGACCAGAAAAUGUGUCCCCAAGAGCCUGUAAAUGGUGCUGCUGUUGAAGCUUAAAGAGAAGAAAUAUUAGCUUCCAAUAUCUCCUUGGAGUUGUGAAUACAAAGCUUUACAUAUCUUUUACAUCCAGAGUCCUAAAGUUUUUAUAUAUAUUGUCAUGUGCUAUAAGUUUUCUUUUUUUUCCCGCAAAAUACAAAGGAAUUGAGUAG